AUGAUCUCGAGUAGCUCAGAGCUUCCAAAACCAUGCCUCCAGAUCAAGCAAGAUGGCAAGGUCUACUCCAGGCUGCUGUCCACGGAGAGCUCCAUGGCCAAUUCUUCCUUUAGAGUCUACUACGGGGUGGCUUCAGGAGCUGUGCCAUUCUUGUGGGAGUCUCAGCCUGGAACGCCCAAGCACACCAUAUCGGUGGCCGACCUGCCUCCUCUCACUCCUCCACCCUCCUACUACUACUGCAACAUCACCGGGAGCAAGAACUCCAGGAGAUCCGCCAGGUCCGGUCUCCUCCACACCAUACUCCCCAGGCUGGGCUUGGGGAAGCCCCACAGGUCGCCCUCCUCCCCGUCCAUGUCGUUCUCGUCAUCUUCCUCGUUGUCCCUGGCCAAUUCUGUCAGCUCCGGUCAUCGCAGAAGACCCUUGAGCCCAAGGUCGUCCUUCUCAUGGACGGGCGACGACGAUGAGGAGUCCACUGGCGGGUCCCGAGCACCAACACUCUGCUUCGGGGCGAGGCACAGGGCGGCCUCUCCGCGGUGCUCAUGA